AAUAUACUCAUUUUUGUGAAGAUGAGCAGUUCGCUGCAAUCAAAUCGUCAGAGUCUGAAUCGAAAAGUGGCCGUUAUGGGAUAUCCUCAUGUUGGAAAAUCGGCGUUGGUACUUCGUUUCACACAAAAUAUUUUCCCUGAAAGGUAUGAAUCAACAAUUGAGGAUCAACAUUCGAAGCACAUAGCAGCGUUUCACAGGGACUAUCAUUUAAGAGUCACUGACACAGCAGGACAACAAGAAUACACAGUUUUCCCGAGAAGUUGUUCCCUUGAUAUUAAUGGAUUUAUACUUGUUUAUGCAAUCGAUGAUAGAAAAUCAUUCGAAAUGUGCAGCAACAUCUAUGAAAAAAUCGUAAGAACCUAUGGUGACACAAGCAUUCCAAUUGUAAUUGUUGGAAACAAGACGGAUCUCAGCACGCAAAGGGUCGUUCGAGCAGAAGAAGGUGAAGAACUUGCUAGACAAUGGGAUGCGAAGUUUGUCGAGAUCACGGCCAGAGAAUCGAAUCGAGUGCAUGAGGUGUUCGAAUUGCUUCUCCGUGAGAUAGAAAUCUCGCGUGGAAAUCUAUCACCAACGGAGCGUCCAAACGGUAAUUCACCAAAAAGGAAUCCGUUUAAGGAUGAUGGAAAGCCGUGUAGUAUCAGUUGAACACAGUUUUUUUUAUUAUCAAUUUGUACAUUGUCUCUUUUCUGUUUCUUUUCCCCAAAAUAUCUAGGCUUCCUUCACUGCUAGUGCCCUAUUCCUUGCCGCUGGUCAAUAAUUAUCCGCCUUCGCUCUUCUUCGCUUCCUCACUUUAUUCGAUAGAUGCGAGACAAGAUAAAAAAAAUGAGAUCAGGAAAACGUGGCUUCUUCUCUUUUCCUGAGAAAUGUAUAUAUUGUUUUGAAAUUUGCGGAGAAAAAAUCACUUUCAACUGGUCUGUUUCUUUCAUUAUUUUGGUUUUCUCAACUAUUUGCUCAACUUUUUUUCCCAUUUCAAAGUGCCUUACACCGGUUUACAUGUCAACGUGAUUCUUGUGAAAUGGCUUUUUCCUAGGUAUAUAAUUCCUUCACAAUCAUGAUUUCUUUUUGUCAAAUCUCCACUUUCAUCCGGUUAUUGUUUUGUUAUUUUCUGUUUGUUUUCUUUUCCCGAAUCUGUUUCGUUGUAAAUACAUCAGAUCUUUUAAACUGUUAAUGAAAAUAAAUCUUAAUAGUUUUU